GACAGCGCUUUUCCUUUCCCUUCCGCACAGAGUGGCAAUGUGUAGCAAAGCGCUCCUAGCCCUUCUGGUCUAUGGCAUAAUAAUGCAUUGCAGCGUCUACUGCUCACGCCGUUGGACUCCAGUACCCGGCGCUCAGGUGGGUUUCCCCCACGCCUCGAGGCUGUCCGACUCCCAGACAAAAAUAGCCGCCCGGAUCGGCCGGGGUUGGGGUUGGGGCGCAGAGGGAGGGCUCCUUCUGAUGGUUGUGUCCUUCUCGGUGCUUUGCAGCGGUGUCAGCAGCGGCCUGGGGGACGAGGCGGAACCGCUCAGCAAGAGGCACAUAGACGGCAUCUUCACGGACAGCUACAGCCGCUACCGGAAACAAAUGGCUGUCAAGAAAUACUUAGCGGCCGUCCUGGGGAAAAGGUAUAAACAAAGAGUUAAAAACAAAGGACGCCGAGUAGCGUAUUUGUAGCGAUGAGCAACCGCCGCUGCCGUGCGUAGUCCUGAGAGAGAGAGAGAGAGAGAUUGAGAGAGAGAGAGAGACCCAACCACCCAAACCCAAACAAAAGUCAUUUCCAAAGUGACGGAAAGACCGCCGCUCCCGUGUUCCCCAAACAUGUAUUUAUGUAUGAAGUAAAGCCAUUAAAUGAAUAUUUUGAUAAUAAUA